UUGUGAAGCUAUUCUUGCUCAAACCUCAUAAGAAAAAAGCUUAAAAAAGUCACCACGUGAGGUGAAAAGCUUUUUGCUGUCAAACAGCUGUUUUAAUAGAAAUAAACAAACAAAAAUAUAAUCAAGAUAUGCGUACAAAAACCGAAAGGACAACUCAGGAGCAGCUGCAGGCGACUGGUGGAGGUCCUCCGAUAAAAGGAAUAACGGAGUUCGAGGAGCAAGCCAUUACAAUCUUUGGUGUAGCAGCGGUGGAUGGAUUGCCGGGUGUUGGGACUUUGGGUCACCAGGUUUUGCCGCCGUUGUAUAUAAAUACAGAACCAGUCUCCGCUCAAGCUCCAGCUUCCUCCCAAACAAUCACAUCGCCUGCUCUCUCAAUCAAUUUUUCUUCCUCCCCAUCACCUCCAGAUUUGUCCUCUUCUUCCUUAUCUCCUUCCAUCUUACCUUCUCCUAUGUCAUCGCCUACUUACAUCCCUUCUGAAGGUAAAUUGACUGCAGCGAAGAUGCUUGGAGCAGUGCUAAAAAAAAUGGAGGAUCAUGAAAAGCGAGAGGAGGAGGCCAUUGCUCUACAAAAGAAAAUUGUAGAGCAAAACGAGCAGAUGACGGCAGUGCUGAACCAAAUGUCACAAGCACUAACCUCGAUGUCAGAGGUUAUGGUUAAAUUGUGCGAAAAAUUAAAUAAUAAUAAUAAUACUAAAAUAUAAUGAAUUAUUUAAACAUG